AUGGGAGUUUGUAUAAGUAAAGUUCCAUAACCUCAACCUGAAAUCAACAUUGAUCCCAUGCCUACAGUAUAAACUUAAAAGGGAAAUUACUCAAUGAGUAGUUUACCUGCUGAAGUAUGGUUAUGAAACUCUAUCAUAAAGCCAAGAAGAGGGGAUAAGAAACGUUAAGCUAAAAUAGAAGUAAUAGAAGAGUAAAUACAUGAGAAUGUGGUUAAAUAGGCAAAAGAAAAAUCACCUUUUGAUUUUUAAAUGAUUUUGAAUGCCUUUGGUAACCACUUUAUGUUUGCUUAACUUGAUAAUGAUGAUAAGUAAAGAAAAGUAUUAAAAGUAGAGCUAAACUAAUUGAUGAAAUGUAUUAUGUUACAGCUAAAAAUGCAGAUUACAUUUUUAAAUAAGGUGAUAAAGCAACAUUAUUUUUUAUAAUUGGUAGAUUUUCAUCAUUAUUAAAUAAGAAAGAGGAGAUUGUAAAAUUAUCAUAAAUGAAGAAGUUAAAAGAGUAUUAAAAACACCAGCAUUUUUUGGUGAAUUGGCUUUAAUGUAUCAUGCACCACGAUCUGCAUCAGUAUAAGCAAUAGGAGAUUGUGGAUUUUGGGUAUUGGAAAGAAAGAAAUUUAGAAAGGCAGUUGAAGAUAUUUAAUAAAAAGCCUAUGAAACAAAUAGAAAAUUCUUGGAUUAAGUUAAAUUUUUUGGUAUUGUGUUGAUUAUUUAGUGUUUUAGAUUUUAUGACUGAGGAAUAGAGAGAUAGUAUAGCAAAUGUUUUAAUUACAUUGAAAUUUAAAUAAGGUGAAAUAAUUGUUAAUGAAGGAGAUAUGGCAAAUUCAUUCUAUAUUAUAUAAAAAGGAAUUGUUUCAGUUACAAAAUAGGGAUAAUUUUUAAGAUACAUGAAUUAAGGAGAUUCUUUUGGAGAAUAGGCUUUAUUUGGUAAUUGUGUAAGAGGAGCAACUGUAAAAGCUAAUGAUGAAGAUGUGAAUUUAUUAUCAUUAAGUAGAGAAGAUAUUACUACUAUAUUGGGUGAGAAGAUUCAGGUACAAUAAUUGUAUUUAUUUAGUUGCAUAGUUAAUCAUUUAUACAAAUAUGCAGAAAUGGGCAUUUGAAAAACAUCCUUAAUUAAGAGAUCUUACUAAAAUGUAAAUAUAAAAAAUAGUAUCUAAUUUUAAAAUUAAGACAUAUGAAAGUAAAGAAUAUUUAUUCUCGAAAAAUUAAAUGAUUGAUAAAUUAAUUAUUAUUCUUGAUGGUUAAUUAGAAUUUGAUGGACAACUUUAUAAUAAUGGUCAAUUAUUUGGUGAUACAUUCCUUCAAGUUGAAGAAUCUAAAAGAAAAAUUAGUUCAGAUAUUGUAACAACUCGUAAAACAACCUUAUCAGAACUUCCUUUUAAAUAGUUCUUUGAAUGUAUUGGAGGAGAAUUAGAAACUGUUGUUAAAAAAAAUAAAGACAGAGCUGGAUCUUCAAGUUUAUUGGAAAAAAGAUAAAAAAGCAAUUAUUCUCUGCUUACUUUAGAAGAUUUUAUUGGAUUAUAACUUUUAGGAGAAGGCACUUUUGGAAAUGCUUAUUUGGUUAAAGAUAUCCCAUAAUAAAAUUUACAUGUUAUGAAAUGUGUCCCAAAAGUUAAUAUAAUUGCAAAUAAUACUGAAAGACAUAUAAAGAAUGAGAAAUAAGCUUUGGAUUUAUUGAAUCAUCCAAGUUUAGUCUGUUUUCAUAGAUCAUUUAAAGAUUAAAAUUAUAUUUAUUUAUUAACAGAAUAUGUCAAAGGAAAAGAAUUAUUUCAUGUUAUAAGAGAUCUAGGUCUUUUAAAUUCUUAUGAAACUCAAUUCUAUAUUGCUUAGAUGAUUAAUAUUUUAGAGAAACUUCAUUCAUAUCAUAUCAUAUAUAGAGAUGUUAAGCCUGAAAAUUUUAUUGUCAUGGAAAAUGGUUAUUUAAAACUUAUAGAUAUGGGUACUGCCAAAGUCUUAAAAUCUAGAGCUUCUAAGACAUAUACUAUUGUUGGAACACCUCAUUAUAUGUCUCCUGAAAUUUUGAAAGGUAAAGGUUACACCUUCUCUACUGAUUUGUGGUCUUUGGGAAUCUGUUUUUUUGAAUUAAUGUGUGGAGAAGUUCCCUUUGCUGGUAAUGAAGAUGAUGACCCGUAUUUAUUCAUUAUAUAUUUAGAUAUAUAAUUUAAGAAGCUAUUCUAAAUGGGAGAGUAGAGUAUCCUUAAUUUUUGAAAGAUUUUAAAGCUAUUAAAUUGAUGGAUUAAUUGAUGAAUAGAACUCCAGAAUUAAGAUUAGGGGGAUCUUUUGAUGCUCUCAAAGUUCAUUCAUGGUUUGAUGGAUUUUAAUGGGUAAAUUAUUCAUCCUUAUAAUUUUCAAGGAAGACUUAGAGAUGAUGGAAAUUAAACCUCCACAUAUUCCUAAACUCUAAUAAUCUAAAUAUGAGGAAAUACCUUUCCUAGAUAUGAUUAAAAGAGAUACAAGUCCUGAUAUGAUUUGCACUGUCAUUGUCGAUUGGGACUAAGAAUUUUGA